CCACUGUCAAUGGACCUUUGAUUUUGACGUUAGGAAUUAUUGUGCAUUCGUAACUUUAAUCGAAAAAACGCCGAAAAAUGGCGAAAAGAAUAUCACAAAGUGCCGUAAACUGGGCUGCUCUCGCUGAGAGAGUUCCCGCCGAACAAAAAGCGCACCUUGCUGCUUUCAAAAUAAAAUCCGAUAAUUAUCUCCGAAGGGUACUAGCCAAUCCACCUGAACCGCCCAAGAUUAACUGGGCUGUGUACAAACAGGCUGUACCUAUUCCUGGAAUGGUAGACACAUUCCAGAAGCAAUAUGAAGCUCUAAAAAUUCCAUACCCAGCUGACACUCAGACGGCACUUGUAGAAUCCCAGUGGAAUCAAGUCAAGAAUGCCAUCGACGCGUUUAUCCAAGAGUCCAAUGCCAACAUUGCAUCCUACCAAAAAGAAAUCAAUGCAACCAAGGCCCUGCUGCCGUAUGACCAGAUGACCAUGGAAGACUUCUAUGAUGCCCAUCCUGACCUGGCCCUUGAUCCCAUCAAGAAGCCAACCUUCUGGCCACACACUCCGGAAGAGCAGCUCGACUAUGUCGACCCAGAGAAACAAACUCAGCCUACUACAGCUGCAGCUGCACACUAAUAUUGGAAAAGUGUUGCUGGCUAUAUAUUAGUGAUAGCCAUCAGACAUGUUAUAUCAUUUGAAAACUUAUUUAUGUAGGCAAUAAAAGAUAAUGCUACAUCUGUCAA